AUGUCGUCGGGCCAGCCCUCCGCCACCAUCGCUACCACCUCCGAGACGCCGGCGGCCUCCACCGCCGGCACGCACGUGGCGCCGGGCGCCGAUCCGCCCCCCGUCCUCUCUCCGGCGGAACUGUCCGCGGCUGUCCGCGACCUCGCCCUGGCGAUGGCCAACAUGCGGACGUUCCUGCAGGUCACGCACGGGCUGCCGACCGUCGUGUCCGCUCCGCCGCCACCGUCGCCACCCCCGCUCGCGCCUCACGCGUCUCCUCCACCGGCCCCGGCCGCAAACCAGGGCGUCCCCAUCACCAACAUCAAGUGGCCGGCGUCGCCGUCGCAGCGGCCCUCAUGGGUGGACGCCCCGGUCUUCACACCUGCCCCUGCCCAGCCGACUGUGCCUCCACUAGCGGCGUACGCUGCGCCCUCUCACAUCGGUGGCUUCAGCGGCUACGGCGAUCCCCAUGCGGGGGGCAGCGCUGUCUACUCGCCCACUACCGCGCUGGCCACUGAUGCGCGUAGAUGA